AUGAACGACAGCUCGACCAACGGGCCAGUCGCGUCCGUGUUUGUCUUUCUUCAUGAAAUUGCCUCUCUACCACCUGAAACCAAGGUGAGACUCUUAGGCUGUGUUGUGGACUACGACAUAGUCAAAGGACAGCUCGUACUAGAGCACGCCUAUCCAAGCCACAUCCGACCUAUUCCACGAGUUUCGGUCGAUGUAAAACUCAUCCUCGAGACAGUUGAUGCAUCCCUACUCAGAACGGGUGCUUGGGUCAACAUCAUCGGCUACUCAAGACUCACGGGGCCAAAGAGCCGCAGAAACAAGGCAAAAACACAGCAGGGGUCAAGAGUUGAAAUUCCUUCCAUGCAAGCAGUUUUGAUGUGGCCUGCGGGAGCUCUCAGAGUAGAAGACUAUGAGAUCACUCUCGAGGAACAACGAUCGGCCCAAAAACAAUCAAAAUCACUUCAUAAGUGA